AUAUGGAGUUAAAUAUAUAUAGACAUGGGCCAUAAUGGGCCACAAGUAUGGCGAUUUUUAUGGCAGGCCCGUUUCAGAACUUAGGGUUGUUGGCGAAUAUAAGCGCUGCGGCUUCUCCGACAGGUCGUUUCUCUUCCGUUGCCGCACGUCCUUGGCUUCCCCUCUCCUCCACAGAUUGGUCUAUACACUUGGAGCUAAAUCAAUCAAGAUGCAGAACGAAGAGGGUCAGAUCACAGAACUAUACGUUCCUAGGAAAUGCUCUGCUACUAACCGGAUGAUCACUUCAAAGGAUCACGCCUCUGUUCAGCUCAACAUUGGGCAUUUAGAUUCUGAUGGCAUCUACACCGGACAGUUCACUACCUUUGCUCUCUGCGGCUUUGUUCGUGCCCAGGGAGAUGCAGACAGUGGCGUGGACAGGCUGUGGCAGAAGAAGAAGGUCGAAGCCAAACAAAUCUAAAGAUGCUUUAUUAAAGCUGUCGUUCUCUUUUGUUAUUUAGUUGAAAGAAGGAUCAUCGGGUUUACUGAAGUAAUCAUUUUUGCUUGACCCUUGGUUAUAACGCUAUUGCUUGUCAUACAUUUUUCUCUAGUGUGAGAUACUAUAAACCUUUCUCAUU